AUGGACGGACUGGCACAACCAAGUCAUCGUCCUGUCCUCACGACAAACGACACUCUCGAUGCCCAUGAACUGGUCGGCAGNCUUCCAAAGGACGGUACUGCAACCUUGAAGCCACGUCACAAACAGACUACCUAUCCUCAAGGCGCAGACACUCCCAAUAGCACAAGCUCAUCAUCCUUGACCUCGGAUGAAGAUGUCGAAGACUACGACAAGAUCAAACUCGACCCAGACACCAUCAUCGACGGCAGCAGUGGCGGGCCUCUGGGCGACACGGCGACUGGCUCCAAGUCCGAGCAGGAUCUCUCACUCCAGCCUUCUUCGUCAGGCGUAGGACACAUCAGAAGAAAGUCCGACACCAACACCCGUCAACUGUCACCAGACUCUCGUCGCAAGAGCAUCCAGAUCCGCCUCGAAAAGACCGACCGCAAAGGUCAUUACAUCCUUACCGCCGAUGAUCCUGACAUCCGUGAUAUCCUUAGAAAGGGUAUGGAAAGAGAAGAAGCAUCGCAAGACCCGUCUAAGAAAGCGAGAAGUCUUCGUGACCUCGUCUUUACUCGUCAAUUCACAACUUUCGACAGACAAAAUCCUCUGAGCGCAGAGUCACCGUUCCACGGUUUCUUUACCUUGUUCUGGCUGGCUAUGGUCCUCAUGUUCCUCAAGGUUGCUGCAACCAACUGGAGAGAACAUGGCAGCAUCUUUGGAGGGAAUGAGGUCUUUAAGAUCAUGUUCGGUCAUGAUGUCCUGAUCCUGGGGCUGACUGACGGUGUCAUGGUCGGCUCAUCUAUCUUGGGCUUCUUGCUACAGCAGGCUGUCGUCAACAACUACAUCAGCUGGAACAAGUCAGGCUGGAUCAUUCAAAACAUCUGGCAAACCUUCUUCUUGGGCUCUGUCGUCUGGUGGAUGUUCUACCGUGAGUGGCCGUGGUCUCAUACUAUCUUUAUGGUUCUACACACCAUGGUGUUUCUCAUGAAGCAACACAGCUACAGCUUCUACAAUGGACACCUGUCAGUUGUAUACAGGCGACGCAACAUGUUGAGAGAAAAGCUGCGCGAUUUUCGCGACAUCGAGCCUAUCGGGUCUGCGUCCAGUCCUCAAGGUCUCAGUGCUGCAGUGACGAGUGCACUUGAGAGAGUGGACUCGAAUGACAAGAAACGCCGUCCCGCGGUAAAUCGCACCUCGACAAAUCUCGACAACGAGACCUCUGAUGUAGCCAGUGUUGCAACUGCCAUGGAGUCUGGUCAGCCUCUCACUCUGGAUCAGAUGCAAGCAUUCCAGCGCAUUAUCGAAGGGGAGAUUGCGGCUCUGGACAAAGAGCUCAAGGGCAAGGCGCAGUCUGACGAGAAGGCAUAUCCCAACAACCUGACGCUUGGCAACUUUGCCGACUGGACUAUCUUGCCUACGUUGGUGUACGAGCUCGAGUAUCCUCGUCAGGAACGCAUCAACUGGUGGUAUGUGCUAGAGAAGUCGAUGGCAACGUUUGGCACAAUGUGUGUGAUGCAGGUCAUCUCUCAAGCAUACAUCUACCCUCCGGUUGCCGAGACUGUUCGAAUGAAGGAUGCAGGCAUGUCUUUGGAAGACAGAGCAAAGCAGAUGCCAUGGAUUGUGAGCGACAUGCUGUUCCCACUGUUGUUGGAGCAGCUCUUGUCGUGGUAUGUUAUUUGGGAGUGCGUACUCAACGUGCUGGCCGAGCUCACAUGCUUCGCCGACCGUGGCUUCUACGGCGACUGGUGGAACAGCGUGUCCUGGGAUCAGUACGCAAGAGACUGGAACAGACCAGUGCACAACUUCUUGCUUCGACAUGUCUACCACUCAUCUAUUUCGGCCUUCCAUCUGAGCAAAGGAACGGCGACAUUUGUGACUUUCCUCUUGUCGGCACUGGUGCACGAGCUGGUCAUGGCAUGUCUCUUCAAGAAGGUGCGCGGGUACCUGUUUACGAUGCAACUGCUGCAGAUGCCUCUGGUGAUGCUCAGCCGGACCAAGCUUCUCAAGGGCCGAAACCUGCUAGGCAAUGUGGUGUUUUGGAUCGGGUUGUUCGUAGGACCGAGUGUGCUCACGAGCUUCUACCUUUUGAUUUAG